UGUUAAGUUUAGCUCCUGGCCGUGAUCAGUGCGCGUUAACAGACUGUAAAAUCAACAAACGUUAUAAAAAUUUUGAAAAUAUAAAAAAAGGAUUAAUCAACAAUAUAUACAAACAUAUAUCAAGAUGAAGUUCUGUGCUGGAUUAGCUUUGCUGGUGAUUGUUGGAUUUGUGGCCAGCGGCGAUGCCUUGCCGGCCAAGAAAAGAAUGGUUUAUUAUCAACAACCAGCUGCCGCUGAAUGGUAUGCCGGAGCCGGUGGACCACAGCAAAGGAUCAUGUAUAUGCAAUAUGUGCAGCCAGGACGUACUCAUGCUCGUUCCACUCAAGCGGCCAGUGCUUUGGUUGCCGGCGAAACUGUUGCCACUGGCACAUAUCUGAAGGAUUGUAAUCAUCCAGAAUCUGCAUCUGCUGAGGCCGAUCAAAGUGUUGAGGCCGCUGCCCAGGCUGAUGAUGCCUUGAGUGCUGCUGGUGCCCAUGGUGCCAGUUCGGUGGCUGAGGCUUAUCCCGAUGAGGCUCCAGUUGUUCAGGUGGCCAUUGAUGCCGAUGUCGUGCCCGAAUCCGUGCCCGAAGCUGAGCCAGAACAGCCAGAGGCCCCAGUAGACAGCAACGAUGAUGCUGCCAAGGUGCCACGUGACUUCAACUUCCCAGCUGAGGCUGCUGCCGAGGAGCCUGCUGCUCCAGCUGCUGAGCAAAUUCCCGUUGUGGUGGCCGUUGAGGCCGAUUUGCCAGUUCCCGCCCCAAUUGCUCCUGUUGCUCCCGUUGUGCCAGCCAAUCGUUAUCUGCCAGCCAAGAAGAAGGUCAUCGUCGAGUUGGAUCAAUCGCCCGAAGAGGAUGAGGAACCCGAAGUGGCUGCCAUUGAGGAUGAGGAAGCCGAGAACACUGUGGCCGACGAUGUCGAAGAGGAUGAAGAGGAGGCCAUCAAGCCAGUGGUCAAGCAUCCCGCCCGUGUGCCCAAUGCCCGUCGUCCAGUGGUCAAGAAACCCGUGAAGGCUGCCCAACCAGCCAAGCCCUCAAAGAAACCAGCCGCUGCUCUCCCAGCUGGCACCUUCUUCCCCAUCGAUUUCGGUGGCACCAACGGCGGAGCCAUUGCCAUUGCCAACUCCUUCAGCACCGGCGAGGGUGGCUCGGCCACUAGCCAUGCCAUUGCCUACGGCUCUCCCGACGCUGCUCGUGCCCGUGUCCGUCCCAAUCCAAGCAAGUUCCGUCAUUGAGUCCCGUUCAUGACUGAUGAUGAUCAUCCAUUCAUGCGCAUCUUCCACCAAAUUCUUGCUCUGUAAAAGAUUUUAAGAUUUAUUAUUUUUUUUUUUUGUAAUUAUUUAGUGAAAUUGUAAAACAUUUAUUAUUUUUUUACCCCCCCUCUUACCUCACACACACACACUCAACAAAAACACAAAAAAAAUCAAAAAAACAAACCGCAUUUUUUUAAAUAAACGAAAAAGUUCUUUCCCUAA